CAGCAUCAGAUAGAUGGCCUACACGUCCAGAGACAGAGGGGCGUUGUUUAGCUCGCUCGGAUGUUUUCUCAUGUGAGAUACAGUCUGCCUCUUGCGAAUUGAAGGGAAAUUAUGAAACAGAGAGAUGCAUUAUUUCGUUUUUUUUAUUAGUAAUUUUUUGGGGGAAACCAUGAAUACACGCCACUGGUGGAUGUCAGUCUGUCUGUUAGAAUUCAUAUUACAAGAUUGUCGGCGCACAGCGGAUCUUUUGGUCGGCAGAGUUAUGAAAUGAAACCAACUCCAGGCGCUUUUUGCUACGAACAGCAUUGCACGCAGCCAAGGAUGAGACGGCUGUGUCCGUGUUGUAGCCUUGGAACUUCUACUGAAUGGAACUUUUCAACGGUGUUCGUGCAACACGGUGCAUUCAACCCUCAAUAUGACUUAAACGGUGUACAGGUAGACGUUACUCUGGGUAAACAUUUUAACCAAUAAUACGCGGUGACUUAUCUUGAUAGACCGAAACUGGCGUGAUGGGUGUUAGUGGACUCUAACAUUAUGGAGGCACAACACUUCGAGACUUUUGGAAGCGACAGCGGGAGCCAGUCAUCUUCAGGCUCCGAAACCUUGUCAGAGGGAGAAGGUAUAGACAUCUGUUUAGAAGAAGUGCACCAAUAUUACGAGUAUUUCAACAACCAACACACUUCAGACUUCGUCACUCUAAAAACAGAAGGGAAGGAAGAAAAGAGUGUGGCAGACGACGAGGCGUUGGAACCGGAGAAUAAAGAACAUGGGGAAGGAGGCGACAAAAUGUUGGAUAACAUCCUGUACCCUCCGUCCAUGCCCUUCCGGAAGUCCACUAACCCGGAGGUCAUCCACGGCUUGGGCCUCGCCCUCAAAUUCAAGAGACCGCUCUGUGAGGACGGCAAGAACCUCCGUAGGGGGAGCCUAGGGAGCGCUCUCAAAGGAAAGUACCUGCUGCCCUAUGUGUCCCCCCACCAAGCAUGGCAGACCCCCUCGGAGAACUCCAACCUGGUGCGGAUGCGCUCCACCACCUUGGGGAAGUCAGCCCCCUCUCUCACCUCUAGUCUGGUGAGAAGUACAUCCUGUUAAUGACCUCCCAUGAUUCCACUGCCACAUUAUUUGUACCCUCCUGCUUUGAUGUUGAGACCAGGAUAUUGUUAAUCAGAUAUUUGAUUGGCGUAUUAAUCAGACAUUUCUAUUUAUUGCCAUAUUUUAAGCCAUAUUUUUUGCAUAGCAAGACAUUUUUCAUGACAGUACAGUGAAUACACAGCAAAGAAACGUCAACCAGUAAAAAUGGUAAACAAAAUGUAUUUUACCUUUUAUCUCAAUGUAGAAUUGAUUAAUAUUUCGUCAGAGCCGUAAUGUUCAGGUCCUUGAUCAUAAACAAACAAUACGCAAUCUAUGAUGAUUUCAGGAAAAUAGAAAAAUAAGAUGAUUCUGUGAUGGAGAUCUGUCUGAGAUCUUGAUUGGAGCAGAGAUAGUCUAAUCCCUCAGUCUGAAAUGAUGUCAGUCACCAGUGACUAGUCUCACUUUGACCUUGAGCAUCAAAGAGCCUUUAAGUCAGACAUCACCCAUCUCUCCUGUAUCCUUUCAGAUAACAAAAGCGAUAGCAAGCCCAGAUUUCCUUUUAAUGGGGAAAUGAUAUCGUCCCAUCCCAUUUCAAACGAGUGAAACGUAAUUGAAAGUUGAAGCUAAGCCAAUUAUGUCCAUCUAUGAGAUCUCAUUCCAGUUCAGAGGUUUUAUAUUUUUCUGUUUAUUUACCUGGACAAAUGAAAAGGUGUGUACUGUCUCUACCUUACUUUCCAAUCAAAGUGCAUAAACAAGGGAGAAAACCAGACAUUUGGAAUACAGUUUUCAGUCGUUAUUUUUUAUAGUUUUUUUUUUACAAAUCCCAAAUCAUGUAAUCAGAUUUGCUGUCAUCUGGACGUGGAGAUUCAGAGAAGGCUUGAUUGAGCAAAUCCUAUCUAAUAUGUGUGGAUGUUUCUGUUAGCGAAAACAAUUUACAGUACAGCAUUACAGACAGCGGAGACAAUAUUAAACGUGCUGAAUAUUUCUCUA